AAGCGAUUGAAGGCGCGGGAUCGUUAAUGUGGCUCCUUGAAAAUUAGUUCCCGAGUUUUAUGACUAUUGUUUUGUUUCAGAACGAAACGUUUACACUGCUUGUUAUCAAACUGAAAACUGGUAUCGAUAUAAAUUAAAUGUUUUGUCGUCGCUUCUCUUACAUUUUUCCUAAUAAAAUUUUCGACAUCGUUAUUAUUUAAAAAGUAGAUACAGUGGAAUGAGCUGAUAUGUGACAAUAUUGAUCAAAAACCUCUGUUUUUCUUUUAAUUUUUUUUGGAAUUGAUCUUCUAGUAAAGUGAUGGAAUAGUGGAGAAUUAAGUGCGAUUCUGUGUCAUUUCGUUUUUAAGGUUUUCAUUCAUUGCUGGGACUGGGACAAAGUGAAAUUUUAGAAAUCGAUAAAUUCUCCCAGCUAGUCGCUAGGUUGCCAUAUUUUAAGGAAACUGUUGUGUCUCGAGGACUUGCCUUUGGAAGGUACACAAACACAACACAGCUGAUUUUGGAAAAUAGAAGUGCUUUUUAUAUUUCAGAUUUAAACGUAAAGAUCAGAUCGCAAUCAAGGAAGAUUUUUUCGAAGAUACAAGAAAAAUAAAUUUUAAUUUGGGAGUAAAGCAGGGAUGGUGUUCCUUGUGCCAGGAGGGGAAAGCCAAUCACCUGAUGCUCAUGGCAAAUGCGGUAGAUUCGCAGCUGGAACUGCCGAUUCUACCCCUAACGAUCUACUGCGGUCCAGUGAUAGACAAUUGGAAAAUGAAGAGGUUGACUUAUUACCUUUAAGUAAUCAAGUUGGAGGGCACACCAGAAUGAUGGUACUGAACCCUAGCACAAUAUGUAAACCAUUGAAUUUCAGAGAAUUGGAUUUUUACCAAAAUAUCCAAGAUCAAGAAAUAAAAAUGUUCGUUCCUAAAUACAAAGGGGUAAUGCAGGCCACUUUGUGUAAUGGUUCCAAGAUGGAUAGUCGAUAUAGUCCUAUUUUUAGAGAUGAUGGUUUGAAAACUAUCAAAAAUGAGAGGAAGAGAAAACGGGAAGAGGUUUUGAAAAUGAAAAUCCACCAUACCGGCAAGCCUAAAGACGUAAUAAAAAGCAUUUCCCAAUCGGACAAUGCAAACAAACAGUAUUUUUUGAUGUUGGAGAAUAUAACGUCACAUUUUGAUCAUCCAUGUAUAUUGGACUUGAAAAUGGGGACUAGGCAACAUGGCGAUGAUGCUAGCGCUGAAAAACGUAGUAAGCAGAUAGCUAAAUGCGCUGCUAGUACUUCAGCAACUUUAGGUGUAAGAUUGUGUGGUAUGCAAACAUAUCAAUCAGAUACGGACUAUUAUUACAAAAAGGACAAAUAUUGGGGACGAGAAUUAAACGAAGAAGGCCUAAAAAAUGCUCUGUGUAGAUUUUUCGACAAUGGUCCAGGAUUGAGAGUCUUUGUUAUCACAAAAGUUUUGUCUAAACUAGGACAAUUGCGAAGAAUUAUUGAGAAACAGAGCUGUUAUCGAUUUUAUUCUUGCUCUCUGCUAAUAGUUUACGAAGGAUCAGCCCCUUCCUUUUCAGGAGCGAAACCGGACAUCUUGCAACCUGUAUUCACUAACACUUUCAGAGAAGAAAAAAGCGUUGCCACCACCUCGUAUUUUUACGACGCAGACACCAGCAACUCUUCUCUUGACUUCAAUACAAGUUUUAAUAGUGCCGAUUUCAGCAAUUCUUUAACUGACUUUAAAGACGAUAAUAGUUCUUCAAGGGAAUUUAUGCACAACAUAGCUACAGCCGAUUCAAGUGAAGAAGUUAGCCAAGAUUCGCAUCAUAACGGUUUUGGAGAGGCAGCAGCUAGAGGUGCCAGGAGUGCACCUCAAACUCGUAAAUUUGUGCCGAUUAAUGAAGAAACUGUGUUUUUAGAUUCCUCCCCAGUGAGCAGUGUUUCUAACGCUAGUCCUUGUUCAGUUAACAGCUGGAUGGCAUUUUCCAAUAGUUCCAGCGGCGACUGUUCUGUUAGCAAUCCGCACUCUAGUUCCAACGAUGACAGUUCAAACGACAAUUUCUCAGCACAAAAAGUUAAAAGAAGUUGCUCCUUGCCACUAUCUGAUUUGGAUCUUGAAGAUAGUACGGAGGACGAAGAAUUGAUACCCCAAUUAGCCAGUAGGAAUUCAAGCACUAAAAGGUUAUGUGUUGGAAAAGUACCAGAGCCAGCUAAGAAUACACAUUAUCCUCAAAAUCCAAAAGUGGACAUCCGAAUCAUUGAUUUUGCUCACACGUCUUUUGCAAAUAACUACUGCUUCAGCAAUGUGAAAGACAACAAGGUGCACGAAGGUCCUGAUGGUGGAUUUUUGACUGGUUUGGAUAGUUUAACUAGACUGUUAUCGGAAAUAGCUGCCGAACAAAAAUAGAUUACUUUUGGUCUAAAGCUAAAUGCGUCAUUUAUAGAUGUCGCUGGAGAAUUUGUUUCUUAAAAAUGAAGAAAACAAAGGCAGAAAUGAUACAAUAAUAAUCUCGAAUAAUAAUUCUGUAUAUUUCAGUUUAUACAAAACGAAUUUAACAAUAAUUAUUGUAUUAGCCAUUACUAAGCCACACUGAACCAAUGUUGCCAAAUGUAGGAGUGUGGCAGGAGACUUAAUUUAUUUUUAUUUUGUUCUGAGGAUAUUUUAUUCGUUUUUUUUUUGUUCCGUUCUGUUUAAUUUAUCCGAUAAAUGUGAUUAUAAUUGCUCAACGGGCAGGUAUAACAAGUUAUUUAUGAAAAAAAAAGUGUGGCAACAUAAUAUUUAUGUCUACAUAGAUGUAAUAAAUUGUUUGCAUGUACAUUGGUUUUAUCAACAGGCAUCAUCAUGGGUUUCAAGAGUGAGAUCAUUCUUCUAUUCUGGGAGGAGCUUCAUACCCCAGAUGAGCCAAUGAAGCCUUCUGGAGCUUCUCCAUAGGCCAACCUGACUAUUCUCUCAAUACUUUCACUACUAAAUUCUUGCACCUUCUCUGUUAAGACUUGCAGUCUGCUGAUUUAAUACACUUGAUUGACUAAGAUAUUUGUUCCCAUACUUCAUCUCUGUAGUGCAGUGAUCGUGGCAGGUAGAAGUUUUCUCCUGACAUUUCUGAUCACAUUCUGAUGGGCCUUGAUGAGGUAACAGGCGAAGUGAUCUCAAUAAACAGUUGUCGUGCUUUCUGUUUUUUGCUUCCACCUCAAUAGACAUUAGACGGACCGUCAGAAGAGAACUUCUUCUUUCUACCCAUUUAUGCCUCAUGUACUUUAAUACUAUGUUUAGACUUUUAUCAACAAUUAUUACGGUUUUUUUCUCAUUCAUGUUGGUAUUAAUAUCAGUCAGUAUAAUACCAAAAUACAAUCCAAAACAUUUUUUGGUCCUUGUGCAUUGUGGAACAUAUAUGAUGCAGAUCAUUCGCUAGAGCCAAAUUAAAGUUUGAUUCAGGAGUUUCUUCUUGUUGCAAUACUUUUAAAAUUUCACAAGCUCCCGCUGAUUUUUGUAUUGCUAAUUUUAUUCAAAACUCCAUGCCCUGUCCACAUGCCAGGACCAGAAUGAAUGUUCCAACACUUGAGCCAUAACAGCCAUAAAUAUUUACGACUAAUGACCUACCAGCUAACCACCAAAACCAUACAGUUCAGACCCAUGCCAAGUGCUCCCAAGGCCUUACUAUUAUAGAUUUCCAAAAAAUAUAUAUUUAUUUCUGUUUUGAGUGGGGACGAGAGACCUUGCAACGGUUUUGUUACAUUACACUGCCAGGAAAUGAAUUAUUAAUUAAUUUAUUUAGUCAUUGACAAACAAUGCACUGGAACAUCAUCCUUACCAUUUACUAAUGAUCAAUUUUAAGUGUAAAACAUAUUUUAUUUAAGUAUAUGUAUUAUCUACUAACACUGUUUUUUUUUAUAAUAUGUAAAAUGUUAUAGGUAGUACUUACUACUACUAAGUGUAUAAAUAUUCUAAACAAAACAUCCAAGUAUAAAGGACAUGAACAGGGUUUGUUUAAAAGCAUUGGUUUAGUGUGGACCAUUCGUGCAAUUUAUUAUUAAUGUCAUGAUAGACAUUGCAUAUUGCAGAAUUCAAAUCCAAAAUCUGAUUUUGGAAAAUUUAAAUCUGUUUUCUAUUGAUUUUAAUUGGAACAGUGGUGAAUGCAUUUGUCAACUUUAAAAUAAUAUGAUAUCUCGGGCCUGAUUAUAAAUCAUAAGGGUUCUUUUGAAUUUGUUCAUUAUUAUUAAUAAUAUUAGUACAUAUAUAAUCUUAUUGCAUGUUGAAUGUAAAAAGCAGAAAAACUGUGACAGUAUUUUUUGUACAGAUGCAUAUUAUUAGUUAUUUUUUGUUAUUUUUCUUAAAUUUUAGAAUAAGUUUUUAUUUGAUCUGUGAUUUUUCCUUUUGUUUGGUUGUGUUAAUGAAAGAAUUUUUUUACUUUGAAGUUGUGUGUUCGCUUACUAUUUCUAGACAUUCCCCAUAUUGGCCUAAAAAAAUUGUUGCAAUAGCAAUUUUAACUUUUUUAGUAUUCAUACAGCAUUUUUGAUAUUAAGUUAUAUAAUUUUAAAACCAUAUGAUUUAAAAAUACACUACAUUUGUAAAAUAUGAUUUUUAUGGCUGAAGAUCAUAUUGCGAGUGCGGAUUGUUUUAAAAUAUUCCCAUUUUCCCCAACAAAAGAGAAACAUCAUUCGAGUUUUCCGCAAAAUAUUAAAAUUUUCAUAUUUAUUUUAUUUGGAAUUCCACAUUCACAAUAUGACUUUUUCACUAAACUAAAACUAUCCUUUGAUGUUAUAUUUUUAAAAUUUUAAAAUUUGUUUGCCAAAAAUACAUUUGGAUAGUGUUUUUAACAUUAGGAAUCUUGUGAUACUUAUUUAGGAAUCUAUUAUUAAAAGUACUAAAAGUUGAAAUCAAUUUUUGGUGUUUGUCUAAAUUUUUGUUUUUUUUUUUAUUUAUUUAAUGGGUGCUUUAGGCUAUUGUAACAAAAAUAUGUAAAUUUAUUUCCAUUUCUCUAUGGGGGACCAUUUACGUGUUAUAUAAUGCCAAAUUUUAUAAAGUAAAGUUUAGAAAUAUGAUCGAAAGAAGUGUUCCAUAACUUGUACCUAUUUAAUUACUUAAAAUAAAUAAUUCAGUACA